AUGGCUUUCCUAGUUAACAACAAUCAAGUCAGAAUAAAAACUGAAACCAACGUGUUGGACAACAUAAUCCAACAGAGUCCAAGUCAACUACCCCCCAUUGAUAUCAGCAGCGGUAGCAGCAGUUCUAGUAUAUGCAGUAGCGAUUCUUCUGAUAUCCACGACUCGUUAUUAAGUCUUCUCCAAUCCAAUGUGGGUCAAAACAAACGAAAUUCUGAUGAGUCUGGCGGUUCUUGUUUAACCAAGAAAACGAAAAUCGAGAAUUCUGGUUUUGAGUUGCCCUUAGGAUUUCUGGCUCCGCUUCCACCAGAGGACGGGCAAGAGCCAUUGUCUGUACGAGUCCCGGAGACGGGACCUUUAUCUGUGACGGAAGCGAUUGUGGUUUCGAAUAGGUUUGCGGUGCCAGUUGUUGAAAACCGUAAACUAACUUGCAAGCAGUUUUGGAAAGCAGGAGAUUAUGAAGGAGGCAAUGCAUGCGAUUCUGCCAUGUCUUCGGUUGGCAUGGACCAUGUCAGGGUCCAUCCCAAGUUUCUACAUUCAAAUGCAACCAGCCAUAAAUGGGCUCUUGGAGCCUUUGCUGAGCUUUUGGACAAUGCAGUAGAUGAGGCUUGCAAUGGAGCUACAUAUGUUUGCAUAGAUAUGUUGAAAAAUAAAAAGGAUGACAGUAGGAUGUUGCUAGUUGAAGAUAAUGGAGGAGGAAUGAAUCCCGAUAAAAUGCGGCAAUGCAUGUCUCUUGGAUAUUCUUCAAAAGGCAAAAUGGCAAAUACCAUUGGUCAAUUUGGAAAUGGUUUUAAGACAAGUACUCUGAGGCUUGGAGCAGAUGUUAUUGUUUUUUCUCAAAGUCGAGGGACAGACGGAAAAAGCCCAACGAGGACUAUUGGAAUGCUUUCCUACACAUUUUUGACAGAAACUGGAAAGGAGGACAUUGUGGUUCCAAUAAUUGAUUAUGAGCAAAGACGACAGGAUUGGACCAAGAUGACACGUUCUUUUGAGGAUGAUUGGAACAGAAAUUUAGAGACUAUAUUCCAGUGGUCGCCAUACAUGUCUGAAACUGAUCUACUUGAGCAAUUCAAUUUUCUUAAAGAUCACGGUACACGCAUAAUAAUUUACAAUCUUUGGGAGGACGAUGAAGGAAAGGUGGAGCUAGAUUUUGACACUGAUGAACAUGAUAUUCAAAUUAGAGGAGUCAACCGAAAUGAAAAGAACAUAGCAAUGGCAAAAACAUUUCACAACUCCAGGCACUUCUUAACUUAUCGACAUUCAUUAAGGAGUUAUGCAUCGAUUCUCUACCUUAGGCUUCCAAUCAACUUCAGAAUGAUUCUGCGUGGUAAAGAUAUUGAACAUCAUAACAUUGUCAAUGACAUGAUGCUAACUACAAAGAUAACAUACAGGCCUCAGAUUGCUGCUGGAAAAGCACCUAGUAGUUCAGAUAUGGUUGCAACUGUGACAAUUGGGUUUGUGAAGGAUGCACGAUACCAUAUUGAUAUUCAAGGAUUUAAUGUGUAUCACAAGAACCGACUUAUCAAACCAUUCUGGAGAGUGUGGAAUGCAGCUGGAAGUAGUGGCCGGGGAGUGCUUGGUGUGUUGGAGGCCAACUUUGUCGAACCAGCUCAUGACAAACAGGGUUUUGAGCACACUAUUGUGCUCUCAAGACUAGAGGCAAAACUAGUUGUAAUUCAGAAGGACUACUGGUUUAAAAAUUGCCAUGAAGUUGGUUACGCAGCCAGGAGGCCUACAAAGAACUCUGUCUCUGAAGACCCAAGUGUCGUUUCAUGUGUUAAAGAGAAGUCUUCUUUACAUCCAACUCAGGAUGAGCAGGACUCCACAAGCAAGGGCUCGACUAUGAAAUCCGGUUCUAAAGAGAAAUCUAAUUCAUUCCCCAACCAAAAUGGACAUGGUACCCCUAGCCGUAAGGAGAAGUCUUCUUCACAUUCAAAUAAAAAUCAGCAACUUUCUGUUAGAGGAAGUACCAGAAUUCAAUCUGAUAAAAAGUUUGAAUAUAAGUCACUAGUAGAUGAAGCAAAUCAAGACGGAAGCUGUUUUAGAGCAUCACCUUCAAAUGGUGAAUCUCGACAAUAUCCCAUUUCAAAAACAAUACCACGAUUAUCACAUUUGAAGGCAACUACGGUCGACAGAGAUGGAAAAGUGUCAAAUAAUUGUGAUAUGGAGAGUUUAAUCAAGUUGAAAGCAGAGAAUCAUGAUUUGAGGGAAAGAUUAAACAAAGUGAACGGUGAUUUACAUUUUGAAAGAGAUAGACGCAAAUUACUUGAAUUGCAAAUUAAGCAAGAGCAACAACGAAGCGAAGAGUUGGACAAAGAGCAGAUUGCUCUAAUUGUUAUGAUUUUGGUGGAUGCUUCUGUCACCAUAGAUGAACUGCUUGAGAAGGUGAAGCAGCUCGAAAGCAGGGGAGUUGCAUGCAUCAAAACAGAACAUUGA